GAGAGGCCUUGCUCUUCCUUUGCAGUGAGGACACCUGGCCAACCCUGGACAAGGCCUCCUUAUACAGUAAUCUCUGAAGGCUAUGGAAUUCUGUUGUGGGGCUCUGGGCCCCACAACAUACUCCAACUCCCAGAAUUCCAUAGCCUUGAGCCACACAAAGAGUUAAAGCAGGGCCAAAAGGGGAAGACUACAUCUCCCAGCAUGCCCCGCGCCAGCAAACAAAAUGUCCGCCCCUUCAGCCCCGCCUCCUUCCCGCCUCAGACCCAGAGGAGGAGGAGCAGGAGCCCAGAGAGGGAGGGCGACAGUGGCCCCACCAGGCGGGAGGCGACCCCUCUCAGCCCCACACAAGCCCCCCAGCCUCCACCAUGUUCUCCCGAAGGGGCCACGCCGACGUGAAGAAGUCCACCCAGAAAGCCCUGGACCCGCGCAAGGACGUCCUGACCCGCCUCAAGCACCUCCGGGCUCUGAUGGAUGCCGUGGAUGGAAGUGAACUUAAACAUUUUUUUGAGAUUAACUAUUCUCAGAUUUAUUUUAUCUUCUAUGAAAAUUUCAUAACACUGGAAAGUACCUUGAAACAAAAAGGGAAUAAAUCUCAAAGAGAGGAGCUGGACUCCAUUCUUUUUCUUUUUGAAAAAAUAUUACAACUGCUACCAGAAAGAAUUUUCUAUCGGUGGCAUUUCCACAGCAUAGGAUCUGUGUUAAAGAAACUAUUGCACACUGGAAACUGUCUUAAGAUAAGAUGUGAAGGAAUCCGGUUAUUUCUUCUCUGGCUGCAAGCUCUCCAGACCAAUUGUGCAGAAGAGCAGCUAUUAACUUUUGCUUGCCUUGUGCCUGGUUUUCCUGCAGUGAUGUCUUCAAGAGGUCCAUGUACACUGGAUACUAUUAUUAGCGCUCCUUCCAGUCUUCCAGAUGCAAAGAUUUUUCCAGAGGAAAUAACACCACUUUUACCACAUGCCUCUGGUGAAAAGAAUGCUGAGGACCCAACUUGCUACUUCCUUCAGAUACUGUUAAAAUAUAUAGUCAUUCAGGCUGCAAGCUUGGAAUGGAAGAAUAAGGAGAAUUGUGAUACUGGGUUUAAAUUCCUCUUUGCCUUGUUCAGAAAAUAUUAUCUUCCUCAUUUAUUUCCCAGUUUUACAAAACUAACCAAUCUCUACAAACCUGUGCUUGACAUCCCUGGUUUGCGACCUAAACCAGUAUAUGUCAGCGCAACGUUUAACAAUGAAAACAUUUAUAGCACAAAGAUACCAUACAUGACUGCUCGUGUAGUUUUUAUUAAAUGGAUUGUAAACUUUUUUCUGGAAAAGAAGUAUUUCACACCAACACAGAAUUCUAAAAAUGGAGGGGACGUUUUGCCCAGAAUCAUUCAAACUGUGGGUGGUACAGUGCAAGAUAAAAAUCCUGAGCCAGAGAACAGUGUUCCACCAGAUCAAGAAAAAAGCCAUUCAAACAGUAACACUUUAUCUGAGAGGAGACUGAGUGAUUCUAACUUUUGUAGUAUUGAAGAGCAACACCGGGCAGUGUAUGACAUGGUGCAGCAGAUCCUCCUGUCCACACGAGGUUAUGUCAAUUUUGUCAAUGAAGUAUUUCGACAGGCGUUUUUACUGCCUUCAUCAGAAAUAUCUUCAACUGAAAAGGUAGUGAAAGUAUAUAGAAAGUGGAUACUGCAAGAGAAGCCUGUGUUCAUGGAAGAACCAGAUACAAAGGAAACUGUUCAAGAUGAUGAUGGCAUCACAAAUAAUUCAACAACUGAGCCAGACAGCAAGCAUCUUCCACCUGGCCAUUCAGGACAUAAACGUUCCUCCAGUUGGGGAAGAACAUACUCCUUCUCUAGUGCUGUUAACAGAGGAUGUAUAUUAGAAGAUGAAAACAAGAACAUUAAAGCUGGUCUUCAAGCAACACUACAGGUAUUCUUAACAAAUGCUGCCAAUGUAUUUUUAUUGGAACCAUGUACUGAAAUACCUGCACUCCUGAAGGAGCAAGUUGGUGCAUGCAGAGCAGUUUUAAGUAUAUUCAGGCGCAUGAUCAUGGAACUUCCAAUGGAUAAAAAGACCUGGGAGCAACUGCUACAAAUUCUUCUCAGGAUAACAGAAGCUAUCAUGAGCAAAUCAAAAGAUAACCAAAUACAAGAUGAAUUUGCUCAGAGUUUAGCAGGUUUACUAUUCCGGACUCUCAUUGUGGCUUGGAUCCGAGCUAAUCUAAGUGUCUAUAUUUCUCGAGAGUUGUGGGAUGAAUUGCUACGGGUGCUGUCAUCUCUUACAGACUGGGAAGAGCUAAUCAUAGAAUGGGCUAACAUCAUGGACUCUCUAACAUCUGUCUUAGCAAGAACAGUGUAUGGUGUUGAAAUGACCAAUUUGCCCCUGGAUAAGCUAAGUGAGCAAAAAGAGAAAAUACAAAGGGGAAAAGGUGGCAUUUUGGAACCUCAGAAGGGAGCUGCUGUUGGAAGAUCAUUUUCUUUAAGCUGGAAAAAUCAUCCUGAAGUUGUGGAACCAAUGAGGUUUAGGAGUGCUACUACCUCAGGAGUACCAGGCGUUGAGAAAGCAAGGAAUAUAGUGCGUCAGAGAGCAACAGCUAAGCGAAGCCAGUCUAUCAGCAACUGUGCUCAUCUCUGUGAGGCUUUGCCAUCCACUAAAAGUGUACCUCUUCUCCUUCACACUGUGAGCUCUCUCUUACCUGGUAUCUCUUAUACUUCUUACUCUCACACGCUGUCAGAAGCUGAAGAAUAUCAGCAGUCAGGAAAUGGAACAGAAAUGGAAUAUAACCAAUCAGAAAGUGUAACAAGAACAGAAUGCAACAGUCCAUUUUCAGACCAGGAACAAUUAACUCGAAGUAGUAGCACCUCAGAUAUUAGAGACCAGUGCAAUUCUGUUUUCCAAGUUAGAAAAACAGAAAGUUCACAACUCUUAACUUCAGAUUCCAGAUCUAUUGAAGAAGCUAAGGAGAUCAUGUACAGGGAAAAUACAGAGGAAGAGGCAAACAACGCUCCAACUGAGUCAUAUCUCAAAGCAGAUGUGCAGCAAUCACACGGAAGAGAGAGAGAGAAAAGUGAAAGUAUCAGUAGUGAUACGUCCAUUGGAUACAAUAAUGAAGUAGACAUUACUAUGGCUCCCUGGCAAUCUUGUGAAGAAAACCAUGAUGUCAACAUGCCAGCUGAGAUGUCUGUUGAUCCAGAUGGAUGCCACUGGUUGCACUUGAAUCCUUCAGAUGCCACCAAUUUAACAGACAGCAGUGAGUUCCUUGCUGACGACUGCAGUAUAAUUGCUGGUGGAAAUCUUAUAGGUUGGCAUCCUGACUCUGCUUCUGUAUUAUGGCGAAGAAUACUGGGGAUUCUUGGAGAUGUAAAUGAUAUCGAGUCUCCUAAAAUACAUGCCAGGGUUUUUGAAUAUCUCUAUGAGCUGUGGUACAAAUUAGCAAAGAUAAGAGACAACCUUGCUAUCAGUCUGGAUAACCAGUCCACUCCUGCUCCACCUAUUUUAAUUCCACCACUCAGAAUAUUUGCAUCUUGGUUGUUCAAGGCUACAACCUUGCCAGAUGAAUACAAAGAAGGGAAGCUCCAUGCAUACAAACUGAUCUGUGCCAUGAUGACUAGGCGUCAAGAUUUUGUGCCAAAUCCUGAUUACUUAGUGCAUUUUUAUCUUGUCAUGCACAUUGGCUUGAACAGUAAAGAUCAGGAUAUUUUAAAUACUAUCAUAAGGCACUGCCCUUCCUGCUUCUUUUUCUUGAGCUUACCUGGCUUUACAUUGCUCACAGGAGACUUUAUAAGAGCCGCAGCCACAGUUCUAAGUACAAACAUGUUGGAGGCCCCCCGUUUAGAAGCACAUACCAUUCUUGGUUCUCUGAUUUGCUUUCCUAAUCUCUACAGAGAAAUCUCAUUGUUGCAACCCGUUUCAGAAGCAGAAGUUGUCAGAGGAACUGUGGAUGUCAAAUGUUACCUCAUAAGCACCCUUCUGAAGAAUGCCAUCGAUGAACCUAGUGAAGCUUCAAGGUGCUUAGCUGUUUGCUGUCUUGGACUUUGGAUAUGUGAAGAACUUGUACAAUGUACAAACCAUCCUCAAGUAAAAGAUGCAAUAAAUGUUUUAGGUGUGACACUAAAGUUUUCUAACAAGCAGAUAGCACAGGAAGCAUGUGAUGUCUUUCAAUUGCUUGCAUCUUACUGGGAAAAACUACAAAUAUACAAAACUUGUCUACCCAGAAAAAUUAUUGAAAUCCUUGUUGCCACCAUCACAUUUCUGUUGCCUAGUGCAGAGUACUCUUCUGUGGAAAGUGAUAAAAAGUUUAUAGUUUCCUUAUUGCUUUGCUUGCUGGAUUGGUGCAUGACGUUACCAGUGAAAAUGCUGCUGGAACCUAUACUUACUUCAACUCUUGAAGAUCAACAUUCUCCUAAAGCUCCAUUGCUUGAUUACAUUUAUAGAGUGCUACACAGUUGUGUUCAUGGUUCGAACACUUACACACAGCAAAGCCAUUACCUCCUAAGCCUUGCAGACCUCUCAAGUGAUGUCUACGAUCCAUUUUUGCCACUAGGAAGUGUCAGGAAUUCUGAACUUACACAGUUUCAGUCCUCAGAAGAUCUGAAUAAUUUGCUCACUGUUGCUGAAGAAAGAAGAAGGAGGAGCUUGGAGUUAAUACCUUUGACUGCACGGAUGAUUAUGGCGCAUCUAGUAAACAAUCUGGGCCAUUAUCCCUUGAAUGGAGGACCUGCCGUUCUUCACAGCCUUAUUAGCGAAAACCACAACAACUCUUAUGUAGAAUCUUCUGAACUGUCUUCUGAAGUCUUCAGAAGCCCAAACUUACAACUUUUUGUAUUUAAUGAUAGUACUCUCAUAUCCUAUCUUCAAAUUCCUUCAAAAAGAGAGGAAGAUGAUGAACCACCAAGAACUCUAUCUGAAGUUAGAGUAAUUGUUAGAGAUAUCUCAGGGAAAUAUUCAUGGGAUGGAAAACGGAUGCAUGGACCAUUAGCUGGUUGUCCACCAAAUCCCAAUAAAAGAAAACCCACUGUACUUCUUGACAAUCAUAAACAAAACUUUGAGUCUCCAGUGGAUUUUAUGCAAACGUAUGAAGGAGAAGAUGCUCUUGAUAAAUUGCUUGAGAAAAUUGGCAAUAGUAGUCCUGAGUGCCUUUUACGUCCACAAGUAAAAUUAAAUGAGCCAUCACCAUCACCAUGUGUCAUGAGCAGUGAGCAAGAGAAUGAUAUUUUAGAAGCAAUAAUAAAACAGAAUUGCACAGAAAAUGAAUAUGUACAAGGAUGCAGUUUGAAUCCUAGCAUGAAAGCUGAAUUUCAGAAGGCACCAAGACCUGCUCAGCCCCAAGCAUCAUUUCAUUUAUGUAGACUUUUACUAAAUGACUUAGGGAUGAAUUCUUGGGAUAAAAGAAAAAGUUUUCAUCUAUUGAAGAAAAAUUCUAAGUUGUUGAGAGAGCUGAAAAAUUUGGAUUCCAGGCAAUGCCGUGAAACCCAUAAGAUUGCUGUAUUUUACAUUGCUGAAGGACAAGAAGAUAAAUGUUCAAUAUUGUCCAAUCCAAAAGGAAGUCAAGCAUAUGAAGAUUUUGUUGCUGGAUUAGGCUGGGAGGUGGAUCUUUCAACUCACUGUGGAUUUAUGGGUGGCCUUCAGCGUAAUGGCAGCACAGGACAAACAGCACCAUAUUAUGCCACUUCUACUGUGGAAGUAAUUUUCCAUGUGUCUACACGCAUGCCCUCUGAUUCAGAUGAUUCACUGACUAAAAAGCUUCGUCAUUUGGGAAAUGAUGAAAUUCAUGUUGUCUGGUCUGAACACACUAGGAAUUAUCGCAGAGGCAUUAUACCAACAGAUUUCGGAGAUGUUUUAAUUAUUAUUUAUCCAAUGAAGAAUCAUAUGUUUUUCAUAGAGAUCAUGAAGAAACCAGAGGUACCAUUUUUUGGUCCAUUGUUUGAUGGAGCAAUUGUGACUGCAAAACUGCUGCCAAAUCUUAUACGAGCCACAUGCAUCAAUGCCAGCAGAGCUGUGAAGUCCCUUAUAACUCUCUAUCAAAGCUUUUAUGAGGAAAGAGCACUGUAUCUUGAAGCAAUAAUCCAGAAUCACAAAGAAGUAAUGACAUUUGAGGAUUUUGCUGCUCAAGUCUUCUGUCCUUCUCCCAGUUAUUCACUUGGUGCAUGUGGCUGUCUUACAACAAGUCUGAGCGCUGAUCUUACUGCACCUGUGGGGCCAGAGUCAGCUGAGCAAAUGUCAGCAAGACUAGCUGGUGCUACAAAAACCAAGUUCUCUGGGAAGUUGCGCCGAUCUGCCAGUGCUCUCAGCAAAUCUUCAAGUUAAAGCACUUUGAAAGCUGAAGACAACUUAAGGAAACAUAUCCUUUCAAAUCUGUUCUUACAUUUCAUCAGCUACUAAUCAGUGGAACUGGUUACUUUUGAAGACUGCAAAAUGAGUAUUUUUCCUCUAAAAUCAUAACUGAAUCAGUUUCAGAUUUAAAAUAUUAACGUUGAUCACUUGAAUUAUGCAAAAGUCUUUCACUUGACAUUGCUGCUGCUGAAGCAACAAGUCAUGAGUUAAUUUUGCAGGCUGACUGUGGUACAUUUUCUUGUUUCAGUCUCUUGUUUCACUGUAGCUGCAAUCAAACAUCUCUGGAAGAGGAUGCAGACCAAUAAUAAAAAAACAGCUGAUUUCUUGAUUGUUGCAUUUAUAAUUUCAUUAUAAUUUAAAAUUUAGUAGAUGGAUGCCUAUUUUGAUUCAUAAUGGAAGGCCCAAUUUGGUGAAAGUGAAGCACUUUAGUGUCUUACUGAUGCCAAUGAGGAGAUGAGCACAUGAUUAAUUCUCUCCUAUUGAAAUCAGUUCGACUUUAAAGUGUUUCACUUUGGCUAGAUUGUUCCCAGACUCCUUAAAAUAUGAAUGAAUGAAUGAUUAUGCUUUUCAAUAUCUCCUCAAAUAUUCUAUUUCUUUCCAUUAUUUAUUUACAAAGAUCUUUCUUGUGUACAUAACUAAGAUUGCUUAAUAACUCUUCUGAUUGACUUAUGUAAGAAGAGCUUUGUUAGCUGAAUGAAACAGCAAAAUCUAGAUUUCAGGUGCUUGGUUAAAAUACUAUUUUGUACACAGGGCAUACAUUACUAGGCCAUUUCAGUCUUACUCUGUGUACGUUAAAGAUGGCACAUGCCAACUCAGAGUUCCUGUUUCACAAUGUUCUUUGUGCUAAAGUGGGACCAAAGUAACUUAUCCUUAUCACAUGAUUAGCCAUAGAAUGAUUGCUCUGUUGAAAAUGUGGAUCAAUGUAAUGUUUAUCAGAAAACAGAUGCAGAACAGUAUAAAGAUGAUGGUGGUUCACACACAGCCCUGGCAUUUUACAUAUGCUGUAGGGCAAGAAGCCAUAUCCAGUCUCAUACAAUUUCCCAUGCUUCCAUGUGCUUUAAGAAAGUACUUACACUACUAAGCAAUAUGGUUGACUUAAUUGUAUCUUUGUUUGUUUGUGAUGCGGUGAAGUAGAACACAUAAGCCUGGAAUGUAGGGAUUACAUACAAAUGUAAACUACAUGCUAGUGCGGGUCACCUAUUUGCAAUCCAUGUGUGCACUACGAAACUAUGUGGAGUCAGUCAGUCACAACUGAUUCUUGCCACCCAUUUGUUGUGCAGACAACUGGGUGCAAAGACCAAGUGGGAUUGGUCCACCCACCUGAAUCCAGGCUUCCAAAUGUUAUUGCAGGGGCUUAACUCUAGCCUUAUCUCUAUAACAGCAAACUAAGUAACCCUUGGUUUUCAGACAUUUAGCUAGUUGGGUGUUCACUAUAGACUAGAUGUUGCCAUGUAUAGUUAGAUGUCGAUUUCUUAAGCAUAACUAGAGCAGACCCACUGAAUCAAUGAAAACUUGGUAAAUCAACACUUACAUAAGUUCCUUUGAUGAAAUGGGUCCAGUCAUGUGAGGACUAGAGCUCUUUAUAUUUAAGACUUAAUUUUUGAUUUGCUGCACUUACUUUCAUACUGGGAAAAGUUUACUACAAACAGUGCUCAAAGUUAUCAUUGAUAAGUUUGUUUAGUUAAAUUUCUAUUGAGCAGAAAAGGCUAGAUGUUACUAUCACACAGUCUAAAUAUGCCAAUGCAAUACAUUUCCAAACACAACUUUUAAAACACACAGUUUCAAUGGAAUGUAUCAUUGAACACUUUGGGAACGAAGUUAUGUUAUUAUGUUGGAGAUAGAAGGUUGGACUCAGAAUUAGAAUAGGCCCAUUGAAAUUACAGGGACUUACACCACACAUGAUUAGUUCAAUAGGUUUUAGCAGGACUCCUCUAAGCAUAGCUAAAUUUGAAUCUAAUCCAUAAACUGUUAUUUUAAUAUUUUGCACAACCAAAACCACUCGGUGAUGAAGGACUUUUGGGGAGAACAAUGCAUUUUUAGGACAUACCACCAAAGGAAGUCAAUUAAAUUGAAACCAUUUUUUCAGACCUAUAGUGUCCACUGAACUUUGCAAUAAAAUCAGCACCUUUUAGGAACAACACUGAUAGGAACGGAUAGUUUAGGUGUGUAGAAGUCUAAAGCCGCAGCUGUGGUGCCACUUGUAGCUGGCACAGAGUUUUUCCCAAUCCCAAAAUCAUAUUAUUACUACUGCAUAUUAUUACUACUGGGCCCUCCCAGAGGGAAAGUGUUGUCAUUACUUAGCUGGAUCUGGAUCACUAAAAUUAAGAUUUUGCCCUUUCCGCUGAUCAUUCUAAUUAUGUUAGAACUUUAAGAUACAUUAGUUGAUUAAUUUGCCUGGAAAAGAAAUGGGGAUGGGUUUGCAUCCAAUCCCUUUGACUUUUCUUUCAUCUCUUAGACUGGAAAUAUACCCUCUGAUGUAGAAUGUGUUGAUUCUUUGUUUUGCAGCCAAAUCCAAUCUUUAACUGUAAUCUGUAUUGUGGAAAUGUUUAUCUUUAUCUGAAGAGAUUGUUUCCCAUACAAAUCAAACUGUACACCCCAGAGGGAGUAAUUUUGGAUUUCUGUUUAACUGAAAUUCUGUGAAUAUAUUGAUACAGUGUCUAAAUAUUUUCUUGUCUGCUAUUAUUUAUUCUUAGUAAACACUGUCUGAAACCUGUUUAUGGCAACGUUUUCUAAUACCUAAAGCGAAUAAUAAGAUUUAAAGUGCUUAUCUCUUAUAAUACCAAGGAAUUUACCACUUAAGGCACACUGUCUCAAAAUUAGACAUUCGAUCUUAUUUUUGUUAUUGUGAAAUUUAUAAUCUCCCACCAAAAUGAGGAAGCAUGGUGAUAACACUUCAGAUUGUCAUUAAUCCCCCAAUGUGCUUAUCGCUGCUUUUUGAUCAGACCUACACAGUGAAUUUAAAAAGCAGUGAAUUAGAAAAGAAAAGCAUAUGUGUGGGUAUAUAUGUGUAUGUGUAAAGAAACUUGCAGGAGACUGGCUGAGCCAAUAAUGAAUAAAGUCUGUCAUUUAUGAAAAAAA